AUGGUCACGGUCUGGGUACAAUGCCCAUUGGCCGUGGCCAAAAAGGUGGCCGAAAAGAGGAGGAUCAGGGUGGGAUGGGCAUCGGCAAGGGUAGAAUUACUCGAUGCCCGCCCACUCGUGCGUUUCCGCUGCUUAGAGCGGGGGCACGUGAGGCAGCAGUGCCGGAACCCUGUCGACCGUAGCAACACCUGCUACAGGUGCGGACGGGAGGGGCACAAGGCCCAGACGUGCACCGAGCAACCACAGUGCUCGGUGUGUGUGGCAAGGGAGCUACCAGCCAAGCACAAGGCUGGAGGGGCAACCUGCCCCCCGAUGUCCAAGAAGGCCGCGAAGAAGGCCAGACAAACAGGGGCGCAGAAAGCGAGGGAGGAAGGAAACAAAGAGGUCAGGGGGAGGGUCAACGGAGCCGAACAGGCGAUGGAGAUUGAACCCUUGACCAAGAAACAACAGGGAGCCGAACCAACGGCGACCGGAGGGGGAGAAGGCCAGGAGGAGGCUGAAAGCAGUGAUCCCAGAUUGCGGGAUUUCUGGCGCACGCGCAGUAGCGCGAGCCUUUCUGCCAUGCGCAUAGUGAUCACGUGA